UGGGCUGCUCGGCCGGAGCCGUAGACAAUAGCAAAGUAAAGAACCAACCAGAAUGAGGACUACGCUGGCGUUGACUCUGCUGCUCGGCUGCCUAACAGCGACCUUUGUGAGAGCGACUGAUGUGGAGACUGCUGAAAAAAUGGUGAAAAAAUGCGUGACCGAUUUGGGGGUGACUGAGCAGGACCUUGCGGACCUUAAGUCAGGCAAGGUGAAGCCUGCAGACGCUAAGGACAGCCUGAAGUGUACCGCCCAGUGCGUCAUGGUGGCAAGUGGAUACAUGGACGGCAGUGGAAAACUGCUGAAAGACAAGAUCAAGAAGCAAUACGCCGACCAUCCCCAAAUAGAUGCGAUUAAAAAGGCCCUGGAGGUCUGUGGAGGCUUGAAGGGCGCCAAUGCCUGCGACACCGCUUUCCAGAUGGUCUACUGCGUCCAGACCCAUGGCCAUUCAUUCCAGUAGGUCACGAUCCCGGACACGACCUGGAAGAAUCGAAAGAAAUGGCGGAUAUUCAGGUAUUCAAACAGAAAUCAGACAAUAUCGUAGAGUUUAAAUUUAUUUUGCCUAUACUUUGGCAGUCUACUGCGAUUGCAUAUAAUCAAUGAACAUU